AUGUUACAAUCAUGCCAUGUUACGGAUCGCCCCGUUCAGAAUCCAGCCGUGCCAGGCCCCAUCACCAACCAAGCCAUGUCAGGCCUCACCACCAAUCCAGCCGUGCCAGGCCCCAUCACCAACCAAGCCAUGUCAGGCCUCACCACCAAUCCAGCCGUGCCAGGCCCCAUCACCAACCAAGCCAUGUCAGGCCUCACCACCAAUCCAGCCGUGCCAGGCCCCAUCACCAACCAAGCCAUGUCAGGCCUCACCACCAAUCCAGCCGUGCCAGGCCCCAUCACCAACCAAGCCAUGUCAGGCCUCACCACCAAUCCAGCCGUGCCAGGCCCCAUCACCAACCAAGCCAUGUCAGGCCUCACCACCAAUCCAGCCAUGCCAGGCCCCAGCACCAGCUCAGCCCUUCCUGCCACAAGCUCAGAUGCAGACCCGCCCAGUUCCUAUGCUAGCAUCGGCUCACCCUUUCCUAGCAGUGUCAGGGCUGACCCAAGUCUACCAACUCCAGGGAACAUCUGGCCCUAUCCAAAAGCUGGCUCCCGAAAAACACGUCGCAAAGGAAGAAAACGUCGCAAAGCAGCGAUCCUAACUGACGCCUCAGUGAAGCAGGCACUGCGAAUGGAAAAGAAUAAGGCACAGCUUAGCAAAAGUCUGUUUCAGAAGAAAGGGGAGGAAAGGGAGGAGUCAACAUCUGGAUCUGUAAAGAAGAAGAAGGCAGCUAAAAACCAAACAACCCUAGACGAGUCCUCAUCAGAUGGAAAGGAGUGCUGCUGCCUCCCCUGUGUGGAGCCGUUCUCAAACAGCCACCCAACGGAGACUACGACGGAGGAUCCACAUGACAUGCGCUGGCCAGAUGACCUGUCUCCCCUGGUCUCUCAUGGCCAGACUGAUGACUCUGGCAGUGCCUGCCUGUGGCAGAUGUGCCAGGUGGCUUUCACACCUGGUCAGGGAUCAGACGGAGGAGAGGAGAGGUGA